AACCCUCUGUGCACCUUCGCCAACUCAAGAUGUCAGAGAAUCAACCCAACAACACCCAUCAUCCAAUGAACAAUAAUGGGGUGGGUGGGGCCCCCGCUGGCAAUAACCGAGGGGUCCGCAAUCUCAACCAGAACCCUCUCAUCAAUGUUCGGGAUCGCCUCUUCCAUGCCCUUUUCUUCAAAAUGGCUGUCACUUACGCCCGCCUCUUCCCAUCAUCUUUCCGUCGCAUCUUUGAAUUCUUCAUACUCCUUAAGGCUCUCUUUGUCCUCUUCAUUCUGGCAUACAUUCACAUCACCUUCUCCCGCUCCCCCAUCAACUGCCUGGAACACGUCCGGGAUAAAUGGCCACGGGACGGCAUCCUACGAGUUGAGAUCCAGCGCAAUUCCAGCCGUAACCCCGUUUUCCUCCAGUUCUGCGAGAGUGAGAGGUUUCCAGGCAUGGUGGUUGAGCCUGCUGUUGGGUCAGAGGAGGAGGAGGAGGAGGAAGAAGAAAUGACCGUGGAGAUGUUUGAGAAUAGCUCCAUCAAGUUUGAUCUGGAUAUCGAACCCAAGAUCUUCCACAAGGCAACUCGGCUGAGUAAUGCCCACAUUUUGUCCCCCAACGAAAGCCAAGAAUUCUCCUUCGGCAGCGAGCCAACCGCUAAAGGUAUGCAGCCUCUCAGCGAGACUGUGUCCGAAUUUGAGAUGCUAGCCAAAGCAGUGUGGCCGCAGGAAGAAUACAUUGUGGAAUAUUCCUUUGAGUACGGAUUCCUCCGCUUAUCCCAAAGCACCCGUCAGCGCCUGAGCAUUCCUGUCAUGGUGGUGACUCUGGAUCCCACACGGGACCAGUGCUUUGGAGACAGAUUCAGCCGUCUUUUAUUGGAUGAAUUCCUAGGAUACGAUGACAUUCUCAUGUCCAGUGUGAAAGCCUUGGCUGAAAAUGAAGAGAAUAAAGGUUUCCUUCGCAACGUAGUCUCUGGAGAACACUAUCGUUUCAUCAGCAUGUGGAUGGCCAGGACUUCCUACGUAGCGGCCUUCGUUAUCAUGGUGAUCUUUACUCUGUCUGUUUCCAUGCUGCUGCGUUACUCACAUCACCAGAUCUUCGUCUUUAUCGUGGACCUGUUACAGAUGCUGGAAAUGAACAUGACAAUCGCCUUCCCCGCAGCUCCUUUGCUGACCGUCAUCUUAGCUUUAGUAGGCAUGGAGGCCAUCAUGUCCGAGUUCUUCAAUGACACCACCACGGCCUUCUACAUCAUCCUCAUUGUGUGGCUGGCCGACCAGUACGACGCAAUUUGCUGCCAUACCAACACGAGCAAGAGGCACUGGUUGAGGUUUUUCUACUUGUACCACUUUGCCUUUUAUGCCUACCAUUAUCGUUUCAAUGGGCAAUAUAGCAGUUUAGCCUUGGUAACUUCGUGGCUUUUCAUACAGCAUUCCAUGAUCUAUUUUUUCCACCACUACGAGUUGCCAGCCAUCCUCCAACAGAUCCGGAUCCAGGAGAUGCUGCUCCAGAACCAGCAGGUGGGGACCCAGACCGCUCUCCAGGACAACCUCAACAACAACACCACUGUUGCGGCAACCAAUUCGGCCGAGCAGCAGCCCCACCUGGACGCCAGCACGGCUGGGGCAGGAGAUGGCUUCCUGGCUUCCGGAGAAGGCCACAUUCCCCCGGCCUCCAGCCCUGGCGUCUCCCUGGGGAAUGACUUGAAUUGGGUGGCAGAGACAGCAGCUGUCAUCACAGAGGCCUCCUUUCUGUCCAACCUGGGCAGUUCUUUCUUGGACUCCAGGGCCACUCCAGCAGUGGGGACUGGUGGCGGGACUUUGCAGGACCCGGAGCCCGCUCCGAACACGAUGACCCAAAGUUUGUUUAGUAGUGACCGUACGGAAGUGGGCUCUGCUACUAUUGAGCCCACGUCACCCGUUGGGACUUCUGUGACCAAUACACCUCCUGCUACGGCCCAUUCAGAGCUGGAAGGUACUCCCCAGCCCUCGGAGAGUUCACCGGGCCGAGCCGAGCCUCUGAAGACGGACUCCUCGCAAGAUUCAGCUUUCAGGGGGCUCCUGAGUCCGGCAUCUGAAGAUCUUGCCGAGAAAGAUCCCACGCUGCUGUCCCCAGAAAGUACGAUCUCCUGAUCCCCGCAAAGCUGCUGCUUCUCCGGAACUCCUGACUCUGUAGGAGACCGGAUGGCUUUCUGACUGCAUAAUUUGUCCUCCGUAUCAAGUUCCUCUUAGAGAAGAAAGAGGCAGAGCUAGAAUGUAAGAUGAAGAGAGAGAGAGUGCUCUUCUCCUCCCACCUUCCAGGUAUCAGGAAAGGAAAAAAAAAGCUGAAUAAAAAAGAGGGGGAAGCGAUUGUAGAUGUCAGUCCCUGCAUCGGAAUCCGACUCUUUUUGCAAGAAGCGGUUUCUGCAUCUCUCUCUCAGUGAAUUGCGUUAAGACCCAGUUUCUCAUCUCCACCCCCACUCUCCAAUUUCCCAGACUGCAUGGAAUCAUGGGACUCCCUCUUGGUAUCUGCUGGAGAUCUUAAUUUUUGCAUUUAGACCCUUGUUGUUUGCAUUCAGUUUUGUCUGAAAGGGUGCUUAGAAACGCCGGGG